GUACCCGAAUGGAACGGAGUCUCGCGGGCGUAGAACGGACAAUAUGCAAUGAAAAUGCAUUUUAGCAAAUCUAGGCGUGGCAGAGUGUAGCACAUAAUUUAUUGGAAAAAAUGUAGCAAGGCCUCGUAGCGGUAUAAAACAAGAGAUUAUAAGGUAAAAUAAUAGCGAAGGAGAACGCAUGUCAUUCUAAGUAUCCUGUUUUAGUUGUUGUUGGUUGGCUGUGCGACAAUUUGGUGCGGGAAUCAUGCAGCGUUCCUCGGUGGUCGUUUUUCUACUAGUCUACAUCAGCCCGAGUUUAUCAGCCCCGCACGAGGGUCUACCUUUACUAAAUCCUGGAGGUAUAGGCGGCAUUUUUAAAGGCCCCAAUUCCGAAACUAUCAUUAAAGGACCCGAUGGAAGUGAAAUUACAUCGGAAGAACAAAGUGGAGUAAUUAUCAGAGAUGAUGCGUUGGCAAAGAAACCUAUUAUUGUCGCUGAACCUGAAAUUCCUAUAGCACCGGCUGUUCCUAUAGUCAGAGAAGAAAACGUUUAUGUGGCUGGACCGAUAGUUUCUUCAACUGCAUUGCCAAUUUUAUCCUCCACGCCUUCCUUUGCUACCUUAAACCAAGGUUACAUUCCAGAAUCACGUGUAAUAAUACCAGAAGCUCCACUACCUCCACCACCAGGGCCUUUGCUAACUGGGGAAGCGUACGGACCUGAAAUUUACGCUCCUGAAGUACCUCUCGAAGUUCCUUUAGCUCCUGUCGAAUUGAAACCAGUAGAAAUUAUUGAACAGGACCCUCACAUAAUUGAAACCGAGAUAAUACCGGAACCGGAAGGUAUUCAAUCUGAGAAGGAAUUUAACUUGAAAGGGCCGUCAGGAAGUAUUACUACAAAGGGGUCAGGUUCAAUUGUUUCUGGACCAGCUUCUACUACCAUAACAGAACCACGCAAGAUCAUAAUCGCUCCUCCUAAAAUAGUGGGAACUCCAGUUGUAGCUACAGCCACUAUUCCUUUAGUAAAAACACCAAUAGAGGCCCCAGUUUUCGUCUCAAGUCCAAUUCCACUACCUGCAGAAUCAUCAGUGUCUGUUUCAACUUUAGCUCCUCCACCAGGAGCUAUUUCGUUCGAGGCUAGUACUGCAGCACCACCACCACGUAUCCAGUUAUCAUCCACUCCUGGACCAUCUGAGUACGGAUCUGCUAUACCUGGAUCACCUUUAACAUCAGGACCUUUAGGUUUUACCGAAAGAAAAGAAUUUAUUCCUGUAGUGGAAUAUAAUGGAGUAAGUGGAGUCAUUGGUGGUCCUCUAGGAGUAGCGUCUUCUCCGCAAGGUGUUAUAUAUUCCAGCACUGUCUCAACUGUAACAGAAAAAUAUGCUCCAUUGAGAGGACCAGCAGUUCCUUUACCAGCGUCUUAUCUGUUACCACCCUCAGUUCCUGUUAGCAGUACCCCUGCUCCGUAUCUAGAAGCUGGUCCAUCUACACCAUCACCCUAUAUACAGAAGGUAUCAAAAUUCCAGAACACAAUUGCUGCCGAUGGUAGAGUAGACAUGGGAUACACAAAACAUAUACAAAACACAUAUCAAAUACCACAAGUGCUCGGCAUGGCAUUGUCGAGGUUUUAUCGAAAAAUUAAAAAUAAGGAUAAAGAUAGUGUAACUAUAGAUGAUAAAAUGGGUGAAUUAACUCAGAAUGAAAUUAUAUCGGAAGAGAAAAAAGUGUUCCUUCCACCCAAUUUAGCUGAAGCUAGAUACAUUGCUCCGGCUUUAGAAAAAAAUGGCAUUAAUCCACAGGAAGUGAAAUAUGCUCAAGUUCCUUUGUCCCAAGUGACCAAACUACCAGAAGGUGCAUAUCCAUACCCUCAACCUUAUUUUGAGGGCGGAUAUGAACUUGGUACCAAGAAGAAAAGGAGCAACUAGAAAUUAUUGAAUUAUUUUUAUGCUUGUUUGCUAGUCAUUGGUUUUUAACUUCACCUAUAAAUACCAUUAAUAUUGUCAUGUAGCCCGAUUAUAAAAGUCAAAAAAUAUUUAUUACCUUAUAAAGUAACUCUACAAUAUUUUGUAUUUUUUAUACCAAUAAACGAUAAUAAUAUUGUUA